AGGGUAGUUCGGCUCAAGUGUUCUUCAAAGUUGGUUAGGAUUUGUUAAGCCUUUUUUUUGACAUUUGUUGGGGCUAGCUGCAGAUUGGUGAAUUUGUAGCCGCCAUGGGCGAGGAAAGCCCAGCCAUUUGGGAGGUGAUCGGUGGCAAGGACAAGGGUGGCAUCAUGGUGCGCGAAGGACGGGGCUUGCGGAGUAAAGAGUGCUCCGAUCGCUUGGCCGUUGCCUCCUUUGUUGAGGAGCUCGAGCUGGUGGGCGAACGAUUGCACUACAAGCUCAUGGCUGGCUCUGGGCCACAAACUGGCUGGGUGAGUAUCAACAUCGGAGAUAAGACCCUCUUGAAAUGCAUCGUGAAGCCACCCCCGAAGCCACCACUCUUUUGCGCAUGGUACUCUGGAGGCUUCUCCAAAGCAGAUGGCGAGAAGCUUCUACAGCCUUUAAUGGAUGCCAUCCACAUCGCUGGUGUUCAGAAAAGUUCCGUGCUUCAUUUCCCAGAUGCCUAUGACAUGUUUGGUGAUGGAUGGGAAGGCCGUGAACCUUGGUCCAAAUAUGUCGACAAGUUAGUGGAAGAAAUCAAUAAGGUGGCUGAGUCAGAGUCGCAACCGCUCAUACUCUUUGGUCAUAGUCGGGGUGCGUCCCCUGCCAUUUGUGUGGCUAGUCGUCUUGGCGCACGUGUGAAACAAGUUUACAUCGCUGCAUGUGGUGCAAUGCAGGCGGGUGAGCCAACAGCUUGGGAGACCUUAAGCUUGAACUUCAAAAAAGGUGGUGACAGAGAACUCUUGACCUGGUUCUACAGUCUCCAGCCUGACAAUGUGUUCCUAAAGCGUGCUGUUGAAAAAGGAGAUGAUGAAUUUGAAGAACAAGUGCACAGCAGCAAAUUCCUGUCUGAGAUGUUAUCUCUUAUGCGAAGGCAAUAUCGAGAUGCCAUGUAUCCAGACCCAGAUCGCGAUUUCAAGGCAGUUCCAGCCAACAUCACAGCUUUUGCAGUUUUGCAGGAUGAAAGCAGCCAACCUGAACACAUGGAAGGCUGGAAGCUCUUGACCCUGGGGAAGUUUCAAAAUAUAAGCCUCAAUGCCGGCCACAUGGACUGUUUGGCGCCCAAUGAAUCAGGGAAAUGCGAACUCUUUGAGCACCUGCAGCAAGAUUUAAAACAAUAUCUUCCCUGAAAAUA